CCACAGCGAAGCUACGGCACGACGCGCUCGCCCUCGCUGCUUUACGGCCCUGCGGUUGCUGUGGUCACGAGAGACGGCUGUGGGCCGGAGAGGGGGGCCAUUGAGAGCGGGGCUGCAGUCAACCCUGCCUCCCCGGGCCCAGCGCACUCCCGCUUCCCCCGCCCCGCCCCGCCCCGGGAGCCCGCCUGGGCUGGCAGUGGCGCAGCCGCAGGACCUGGGCUCUCCGGGAGCCGCGCUCGGACCGGAUUUCUGCCUUCGGCCUCAGGGAGAGCCGAGACAUGGCCGAAGCAGGUUUCCGGGCCCCGCGGAGGAAGAGGAGAGUGUACGAGCCUCACCGGCCGCCCUUUCCCCUGCCUGCUUCCCGGCACUUCGGGCCCUGCCGGGCGGAAAUGCUGAACAACCACGUGCUGGUCCGGAGCCCGGAGGACAUGGAGCAGCUGUACAGCCAGGGCUAUUUUGGAAAAGGUAUUCUUUCAAGAAGCCGACCAGAAUACAGUAUUUCAGACCCUUUACUGGUUGGUAAGUGGCGAGAUGCCCAGAUAAAUAUGCCCAUUCUAACAUCAAAAAAGUACCAUUGUCAUGUAGAAUGGGCUAAAAGCCUUAUGCAAGAACAAGGACUUGAUGACAACUUAGGUAAAAUUCUUGAAAAUUACAUUAAGCCAGUUCCCCUGCCUUUUAUGAAAGAGGAAGGAGAGGCUGACCAAUGCAGCAAAAAAAUGGCUCCAGAAAUAGAAAAUAAAGACGACAAAGUGGAACUUUCAAAAGAUUCUUCCAUAAUUAAUGGAGAUGUGGUAGCACCAAAUGUUGAAUGUCAUAAGGAGAGUCUAGACUGCAAGAAACCCUAUUUGGAAGGGGAUCCACUUCACGAUCCAUUGGCCGAGUAUGGCUCUAAGGAACUGGAUACAAUGGAUUCUACAGCCAUGCUUAUAGAACAUUGCCAAAAACACAAUUACUUUACUGUAUACUCUGGUUGCAAGGCAGAAGACAACACUGAACAACAAGUAUCUUCCAAGUUGGCCAGUUCUACAGAAUAUGUUCAAGAAUAUGUUCUGGUACAAGAAGAAGAAAGUAGCUUGUGUCAUGAUGAAGCUGCAAAUGAGCAAUCAAAUUCAAUCAAAAAGGAAAAAUUAGUAUGCAGAAGAAAUCCAUUUAGGAUUUUUGAAUAUUUGCAACUUAGCCUGGAAGAGGCUUUUUUUUUGGUGUAUGCCCUAGGAUGUUUAAGUAUUUAUUAUGGUGAGGAGCCUUUAACUAUCUUGGAGCUAUGGAAAAUUUUUAGUGAUGUGCAGCCCAGUUUUAGAACAACAUACAUGACCUAUCACUACUUUCGCAGUAAGGGAUGGGUCCCCAAAGUAGGACUGAAGUAUGGAACUGACUUCUUGCUGUAUCGAAAAGGCCCUCCCUUUUACCAUGCAAGUUAUUCUGUCAUGGCUGAAUUAGUUAAUGAUGACUUCAGAGGGUCACUGCGCAGACCAUUUAGCUGGAAGUCUUUGUCUGGCUUGAAUAGAACAACUACCAAUGUGUCUAAGGAGCUUAUAUUAUGCUAUUUGAUUAGACCAUCUGAUAUGACUGAAAAAGAAAUGUCAUCACCAGAAUGUAUGAAAAGAAUUAAAGUUCAGGAAUUAAUUGUAAAUCGCUGGGUCUCUUCUCGAGAGCGCAAUGAGCAAGACGAACUAUAAUGAAAUAAGAAAUAGUGUCAAAGGAACAAAUUAUUGUAAUCAAAUUAGAGUAUAACCUUAUCAUGGUAGACCUGUUCCACAGAACAGUGACCUUCCCCUGCUAAAAUGCGAUGCAUGCUUGUAUCAAGGCAAUUUAAAAUUAUACUGAGCAAAGAGUAUCUUGUGUACUAUUACACAUAAUUGGUAACAUUUUUUGUCCAUGUGGAAAAAAUUAAAGCUUCCUCCCCUCCAAUUCACUGUGCACUACUAUUGCUAUAGUGCUUCAAAAUACAUUCUUCUUUCUUGUGGCUACACUUCAUUCACUUCUUCAGUAUAAAACUAAAUAUUGAGGCAGGGUAGAUUUGCAUCUUUAUAAAUUAAAUCACAGAUAUAUAGCAUAAGCUUUUGUAAGCAGAGGGCUUACUUCAUCAGAUGCCGUCUAGCCUGCCUUCUGCCUGACUUCUAACUAGCACAGAUAACCUCCCUCUAUGGUAUUGGAUAUCUUUGCUGUGAAAGCACGGGCCAUUGCCACUUGUCUUACCAGUGUUAUCCAAGAGAGGAAGAAUUAUGGCUGAUUGUGGCACAGGCUUAGGAGUUGAAAGAAUGGGUUCAGGUUCCUCUUCUGUCAUCAGUUUUCUAUGUAACCUUGUAGAUCCAGAUCAGGAAAGGGACUGGUGCACUAAAACACCUAAUGCCUAGGUUCUUGGGCCCAGAGUGGAAUCCAGAGCCCUGACUUGGACAUCUAGGUUCCCCAUGCAGUGUAUGGCAGGAGUUAGGUGCUUCAGGAUGGGCUCCACAAAGACCAGUGAACAGACUAGGAGCUGCUUAAUGCUGGCUGGUAGGAAAUGCUGAGGAGACAGGGAUAUUUUUAAAUCCCAUCUUUCUGUAGGACUUAAGUACCAAACUCUGCUUCAGAUUCACAGCCAAGAACCCUCCCUUGAAAGUAUAUGCUUAAGCUAUUUCUUGUGAAAAUUGAGAAGGAACCACUCUUGAAAUGUGGCUAAGGGUAGUUCCUGCCUCUUGUCAUAAAAGAACUUGGUGAUUAGAGCAUCCAUGCAGAAAGUGGGAGACCUGGAUUCAGUUUCAAGUCCGUAUCUCCCACCUCCAGCAUGAAAUGCUGAGCAUCUGGGUAUAGACUAAAGAGAGUUACUCUUCAGAACUCUUGUGAAGCUGUGCCACUGUGCAGAAAAGAAUGAACGAUUAGUAGGGCCAGAGAGAUGGUGUGGAGGAGUUCUGAGUCCUGGAGCAAGGCUGGAACAGCUUUUGCACUUUAAUGACAGUUAAAGUUAAAAAAGCAAACACGCGUAAAAUAUAUAAAUAUAUUUUAUUUAUAUAUAAUGAAAAUAACACUGAUAACAGCACUACCCUACUUUAUAAAGAUGUGAGGAUGAAUACAUGGAAUAUUGUGAGAUGCUCCCUACUGCAAUAACAGGCAUUAUAUGAUUGUAGGAGCUUGUGAUGCGUAGGCUGGUAGUUCUGGUUACUUGUGGCAGAGGAGGGUACGUUGUUCCCAAACUAUAUUAAAUUCAGCCUCUUAAGGUUACUAGCCUAGGCACAAUGUUUCAGUAAUGUGACUAUACUAGUUUGAGUUCCAGAGCUGGCAUGCAGUGUUAACUCAAAGGUCCUUGUACCAUAUAGCAAUACCCUGAUUGCUUUUAACUUAUAUUCAAAAUUAUGGAAAGAAAUUAACAAAGGAAAUGUCCUUUCUCAGUUGUAUAAAUCAUGGUGUGUUCAGUAAAGCUAAAAGAACAUAUGGAAUUACUCAUUCUUUAUGGUUUUUACAAUGACUUGCAAUUAAUAUAAUUUUUCCCAAAGGUAUCAUUGGCAUGGUCAAGUUGUCCUUGGUGGCACUAUGCAUAUUGUAAGCUGUGGACAAUAAGUUGGCUAGGCAGUUUACCCUCGUUUUAGGGGAUAAUGCAUUCUCUUUGCACUGUUUCUGCUCAGCAUUGCAGAGGGGAAGUUCCUUGCUUUUAUGGCUGGUUCUUCCAUGUUGUUGGCAGAUUUCUAAAACUGCUUUAAAUUGUGCCAGUUGGUAACAGAGGCCUCCUUUGGAAACUGUCUGCUGGAAAGUGUUAGAUGCAGUAUGCUUCUACUGUGUCUCCUCUUGGUUUAGCAGCUUUGCAGUAAAGGCACCAUGUCAUUACUGUAGAUUAUAUUAUACAUGAAAUUGCAAGAAAGGAAAAACGUUCUAUUGUUUGUGUUUUCUAUCAGAAGUGUUUCUUAUUAGAAGUGAAAAUGUGGCUGGAUAAUGGUCUCUUCAAGCUGAAUGUGAAGGUAUUUAUAGAAAAUAGACAUCAAAAGAUUUCUUUCCCUAGCGGCAAACUACACUUAAUAUUUUCAGUACUUUGACUUCACAUUAUUUCCUUCAGAAAUGUAUAACUAGGGACACCACACAUUUACUCUUUUAUUUAUAAAGUGUACUCUGGUUCGUAGAAACACAGAAGGUUCUUGUGAUCAAAUCAGAAAUAUCUUGGGGUACAGUUCACCCAUGCAGGGCUUUUGCUCCACUUACAUUCUACUUAUGCCUUCAAAUAGGAUAUAAGUGGUACAGAUGGUUUUUGCUGACUUGUAGCAUAAGAUGAAUUUCACUCUAGUGAGAACUGAUCUUUCUGUAUUGUGAUGUCAUAAAUACCUCCCAAAAUGAUGAUAGGAAUGAAAUGCAUAGGCUAAACUAUUAAAAGAAAGUUGUGUUUAUGUAAAUGGCAUACCAAGUACAAAGGUACACAUUAGAAGCAUUUAUCAGAACAGGUGAACCUUGGAAAAGCUAAUCUUAGCUGAGUGUUUUUUAUUUUUGGUUUUGUUUUGCUUGUUUGUUUGUUUUUAAACUGGGAAAUAAAGCCAAAUUCUGUUCCGUUAUACUGUUGCAUAUCUGAAUUAAUACUGAUGAAGUUUUACAGGAUAUAACACCAGAAUAGUGACAGCAAUUAGAAGUUGGCCCACAGUAUAUGUCAGUCUGUUUCUGCAGUAGUGCAUAUAUUGGGAUCAUUUUUAAUAUUUUAACUUCUUGUUUGGG